UCCACCAAACUUGAAUUAUGAAUCCAAGAAAUUAUUUCCUCUCUCCAUCCUCCACUCCAUUCAAGCCUAAGCCUUCCUUCCAUCAUCAUACAUUUCUCCAAUAUAAGAAUCUUAAUACUAUUCAUCCACGACCCACAUACAUGGAAAAGCAAAAAAGGAAAUCAGAAUGGUAUCCCCCACGGUUGUGUAUUUUCUUCAACCUCUACUUCCGGGAAGCAGUGAAGUGACCCUUUUCUCUUGAUGAACUGAUUCUGCUCUGCGUACCAAUCUCCAAAGUAAUGAUAUCUGCGGUAGGGCAUCAAAACCAUCUACUCCCUUCACUAUUCCCACUCGUCUAUCACAGCUCCCCCCCUUUCUGAUCGGUCAAUUCUAUGCAUACUUGAAUGCCCUCAAGUAAUGAAAGCUUGAAGAUGCAGUAGGUUUGUGAGUGAUUGAAGAGCUGAAAGAUAUGGACAGGGCAAGACUGGAUUUAAGUUUUCAUCAUUCAGUAUCCACACAAUCAGAGGAAUCUGCCUUGGACUUGGAAAGGAACUAUUGCAGUGAUCUCAAUCUGCCUUCAUCAAGUCCAUCACCUACUCAAUGCUUUGCUCCGGGUGCUCAGCUGUCUGAAACCAACGCUGCUUACUUUUCAUGGCCCACUUCCAGCCGUUUGAAUGAUGCUGCUGAAGAUAGAGCAAACUAUUUUGGAAACCUUCAGAAAGGAGUGCUUCCUGAAAUUCUGGGCCGGCUGCCCACCGGGCAGCGAGCUACUACUUUGCUUGAGCUAAUGACCAUCAGGGCAUUUCAUAGCAAGAUAUUGCGACGGUUUAGCCUUGGAACUGCUAUAGGAUUUCGAAUCCAGAAGGGUAUGUUGACAGAUAUCCCUGCUAUUCUAGUCUUUGUUGCACGCAAAGUUCACAGGCAGUGGCUCAAUGAUGUUCAAUGUCUACCUGCUGCACUUGAGGGACCUGGAGGUAUAUGGUGUGAUGUUGAUGUUGUGGAGUUCUCCUAUUAUGGUGCUCCGGCAGCUACACCUAAAGAAGAAAUAUAUACAGAGCUUGUUGAUGGUCUGAGGGGAAGUGAUCCAACAAUUGGUUCUGGUUCCCAGGUUGCUAGCCAAGAAACUUACGGGACAUUGGGUGCAAUUGUCAAAAGCCGAACAGGAACCCGGCAAGUUGGUUUCCUUACAAACCGGCAUGUUGCAGUUGAUUUAGACUACCCUAGUCAGAAAAUGUUUCAUCCUUUGCCUCCCAGCCUUGGACCUGGUGUAUAUCUGGGUGCUGUGGAGAGAGCAACAUCAUUUAUCACAGAUGAUGUCUGGUAUGGCAUCUUUGCUGGAACAAAUCCAGAAACAUUUGUGCGAGCUGAUGGAGCGUUUAUUCCCUUUGCUGAAGAUUUCAACAUGAAUAAUGUCAUUACAUUUGUAAAAGGCGUUGGUGAGGUUGGUGAUGUCAACAAAAUAGACCUACAAUCCCCAAUCAACAGUCUUAUUGGACGAAAGGUGAUCAAGGUUGGAAGAAGUUCUGGGUUGACCAGAGGGACUAUAAUGGCGUAUGCCCUCGAGUAUAAUGAUGUAAAAGGGAUUUGUUUCUUCACCGACUUUCUUGUUGUUGGAGACGACCAACAGACGUUUGACCUUGAAGGAGACAGUGGAAGCCUUAUUCUCUUAACUGGUCAGGAUGAGGAAAAGCCACGUCCAGUUGGGAUUAUCUGGGGAGGAACAGCGAAUCGAGGUCGACUGAAACUAAAAGUUGGUCAGCCUCCAGAGAAUUGGACCAGUGGAGUUGAUCUUGGACGCCUUCUUGAUCUCCUUGAGCUUGAUCUUAUUACUACACAUGAUGGUUUACAAGCUGCAGUGCAAGAACAAAGGAACAAUUCAGUUGGAGGGAUUGAUUCUACUGCUGCCAAGUCCUAUCUCGAUCGGAUCCCAUUGAAAUAUAAACUUAAAGAGAACUCAGAGCCACUUGGUUUAAGUGUCCAGCAAAUUUCCCCUGAAGGUGAAUCCUCUCAGGGGCUGAUCUCACCCUUUAAGCAUGCUGCACUUCACACAGAAAAUGGGUUUGAGAUGGGUCCGAGCAUCGAGCUCCAAUUUUUACAAAGAUUAACCAGCAGCUUUCCGCUGCAUCAGAAGAAGGAAGGAAGCCAAGAGUUGAAAAAUGUGUCCGCCCUGAGGAAUGGCUAUGAUAGUGAGGUAUCAGUGAUGCUGCAGUUGGGUGAACCAGAAGCAAAGAGAAGGAAG